AUGAACAUAAAUGAUUUUAAUGACGGAAAUUUUAGAGCUCUUUUACGGUUUCGUGUAGAUUCAGGUGACACUACGCUAGGAGAACAUUUGAAAAAUGGUCCAAGAAAUUCUUUAUAUACUAGUCCUGGUAUUCAAAAUGACAUAAUUUCUAUUUGUGGUGAAAUAAUCAAGUCAAAAAUUGUCCAAAGAGUAAAUGCUGCCGAGUGCUUUUCUGUGUUAGCGGACGAAACUACAGAUAUUGGAAGAAUUGAACAAAUGUCUGUAUGUUUGCGUUAUUAUGACCAAAAAGAUAAAAAAAUCCGAGAAGAUUUUUUAGAAUUUACACCGGCUGUUGAUCUUAGUGGAAAAGGACUAGCAACUUUGAUAAUGGGGUGUUUACAGAAGAACAGUAUACAUUGUCAAUUUUUAGUUGGACAAGGUUACGAUGGAGCCUCUGCCAUGAGUGGAUAUUUACAUGGUGCUCAAGAAUACAUAAAAAAAGAUUUUCCCAUGGCACUUUAUGUACAUUGCAGUGCUCACUCGCUCAAUCUAGCGUUGGCCAACGCCUGUUCAUUGCCCUCAAUAAGAAACUGUAUUAGCACCAUUCAAACUGUUGGAACAUUUUUUUCGCUCAUCGGCUCAAAGAAGUGA